AAUAAAAGACUAAUAUUAAAAAUAUGACCACUGACGAGCGUAACUUUCGAUCAAGUUAUUAUGAAAAAGUCGGGUGCUACAGCGUUGAAGAGAAAAAAUCGCUCAACAAGUUGCUGCAAGAUGAUGUACGCAACUUGUCCAAGCUGAAGCAUUUUGUUUAUAGUUACACAGUUCCAGCCCAGCAGCGUUGUCUCCUUUGGUGUCUUAUCAUGGGCGUCAUUCCCCUACAUAAAAGUAAUACUGAGUUUAUAAGAGAUCAACGGCGCCAAACCUACGAGGAUUUGCUGCGUGCUGUAACUGUGAUGAGAUGUGUAGACUCCACCAAGUCCAAGGAUUUGGUGAUGCUUAAAAUGUGGCUACUAGAAAACAAUCGCUUGCUCCACAAUUACCAAGCAGCCCAAACAGAUGACAAUCAAUUUGUAGAAAUCGUGCGUACGCUGCUUCAUAUAUUUGAAGACGAUGUAGAAAUCUAUUGGAUCGCUAAGGAGUUUUAUCAAUAUACACGUGAACUAAAAAAGGAAUGUGGAAAGCUGAAAGACUUGACACAAGUUGUACUCAAGCGCGAGGAUAAUAAACUAUUUUUAUACCUAGAAAAACUUGGAUUGUUCGAUGCCAAUUCGAAACUACUGGACAACUGGUACACCACUUGCUUUGCUGGCGUUAUCUGUGAGACUGUGCUGGUUAAGGUGUGGGAUAAGGUUUGUGGUGGUGCCAGAAAGAUAGUCAUGUUUCUGUUUUUGGAAUUGGUCAAGGAUAUAAGAUCGUUAAUAUUUGAUUUAAAUUCGCUUGAAGAGCUCAAAGUACUCAUUGAAACUGUGAAGGAUCUGGAUGGCGUCAUAGUACACAAAGCCAUAAAAUCGUGGCAUAGCAACAACAGUGAAGUUGAAUACGUACACUGAUUAACAAAUAUAGUUUUUAACAAUUUUGUAUUUAAUAAAAGUAAAUAAU